AAUUUGUUUAGGAGAGGCGCUAUUAGCGUUUAUAUAUGUAUAUGACAGAAGAAGAUAAGACGCUCAUGGAGACAUCGAAGCUCGCAAAAGCGGCAGUAUUUGCCAAAGUAGAUGUGCUUGCAGAAACAGAGGAGGUGCCCGAGGCAGGUGAGCUCACAGCAGCAGCAGAACCCAAAAAUGUUAUGGAGCUCAAAAAAGCAGCGGUGCUCAGCGAAGAAACGGAGUUUGGAAAAAUAAUUGAGCCCGAAAAGGAGCGCACGUCAGUGCCGGGCGAAGAGACAGCAAUAGCAGCGCGCGUAUUAGAGCCAAAGCCAACGUCAGGAACAGCACAACAACAUUUGCAACUUGAACACCAAAACCAACAACCACAACAACUACAAUCUGAGCCAAAUUCACAGCCAAAGAAAUUGAAAGCAACAGACACGAUAAUAGAAAUAGCUGAAGUUGCUGCGAGCACAAAUGAUCUAGCGGAAGCUCACUGUGCAGAUACUAAAAUCCCUUUGACAUCUCUUCUCACGCCGCAACAGUUCAGCCUAUGUGACGCUGCAAUUGUGUUGCGCAUCCCAUCGUGUUCGUGCACCAACAAUUACACAACAACCAACCUCUGCUCGCUUUCCGCCCAAUUGCAAGCAACAACGCUACCAUUUCCAACUCCGAGCUCCCGUUGGAGAGCUCCUCAAACAGUUACCGUUGCUACAGUUGGACCGGAAACGUUGGCGACAAAUCAGAGCACAUGUCGCACUGUCUGCUCCAAGCAACGGUUGCCGGGGAAGGUUGAGAACGGAGAGGAAACAUAUUUGGCAGAUGCUGCUCCACACUGUUGUCCGCCGCCGCUCUUCAUCGUACUGGUGUCUUUGCUAGAGAUUGCCGUCUUCAUAUACGAUUACAUGGCAGUCCACUUGACGACAACAAAUGCGGAGGUAGAGCCAAAGACGAACGGAAUGUCGUUUGCGGACACACACACAGGCAUCAGCAGCGAAUCGUCGCUUAUCUAUCGGCCAGAUCGUCGUCUGCAACUUUGGCGUUACGUCUCUUACAUGCUGCUGCACGCGAAUUGCUAUCACCUGAGCUUCAAUGUACUCGCACAGCUCGCUUACGGUCUGCCCUUGGAGUGGGUGCACGGUUCGGCGCGCAUUGCCAUCAUCUAUUUGGCUGGCGUAUUUGCCGGCUCGCUGGGCACCAGUGUCGUCGACUCCGGUGUCUAUUUGGUGGGUGCGAGCGGCGGUGUUUACGCAUUAUUGGCUGCAUAUUUUGCAAAUAUUUUGCUGAAUUUCAGUCAAAUGCGUAGCGGUGUGACGCAGCUCGGACGGAUCGGUGUGUUUGUUUCCUGUGAUCUCUGCUAUGCACUGUACUCUAAAUAUCAAAACAACAACAGCAACUCUGCGUCGUCCUCCAUGGUUCGCGAAACUCUGCCGACCAUUUCAUACAUUGCUCAUCUCUGCGGCGUUUUGGCGGGUUUCACGAUGGGCUGCCUUGUGCUGCGGCAUUUCGACUCGUCGCAAGCGUCUCACUCGAAGCUGUUGUGGUGGCUGGCUUUGGGUGUCUAUGCGGCUUUUAUGUUAUUCGCAAUUGCGUUCAAUCUCAUCAACACGGUCACUGCGCAAAUGCUCGAGGAGGAGGGGGGUGAGGUAGUCAAGCAACAUUUACUUCAUAAUUUGGGUAUUUCAUAAGGUGGAAUUAGAGCGUAGACGGCAGUUAGCUAAUAAAUGUGUUAUCUAAUAUUUAUUUAUUUGUUUCUUUUUUGUUUACUUUACUUUUCGUUAAAUUAGAUAAUUAACUUCGAAGUAUGAUGUAACAGUUAGGGAGUUAACCAGGAAGGGCUCAGAUAUUUUAGAAACGGCAAUGUACUAUGUGAUGAUGAAGAAUGUUUCCCAGUUAUUAGAGCUUAAAAGAGGUGAUGACUAACCAAUAUUCAGGUAAUUCUAUGUCCCAACAGAUAAUCCUACCACUGGAAGAAAAGUUUUUGUCCCCUGAGCUGGUGGUAUGAGCAAAAUUAAAGAGAACUUGCGACCUUCCGUCUUGGAUUGCUACCAGAUAUAGGUUUACAUAGUAGGCCUACCGAUGAAAAAAAUAUGGAAAUUUCGUCGUCCUGGUUAGAAAACCCUCUAUUUUUUUGUUCUCGUUAAAAAUACGCUCAUUCACGGAAUAAAAUGACUUGGAGAGUGAAGGAUGUUUCAAGUUGAGUAAAAUUGCUCCCAAGUGAGUUCUCUUAAGUUCUACUCAGACAAAAGCUAGAUAAAUAUUGAUCAUCAAAGAGACUCGCUCACGCUGUCCACCUAGUAGCAGGUGCCUCUCGAUGAUGCCUAAGUUUCAGCUUGUAUAUUUGAAUGAGUUGAAUUAUUAUUUUCACUUUUUUAUGAUAGAAAAGUGAAAGUCCUUUCGUACUGCUUUGAAACAGACAAAAAAUGUGUCUUUCUUCAGAUCGUCGGAAUAAGUUUUUAUGAAUUUCCAUUACUCUUCGACUGAAAAGGUAAACACUCAGCGCACAAAUCUUCAGUUUUCUUAGUUAUUAGUAAUGAGUUUAGAGCCAUGCAUGUAUUAAGCACUCUCUCUCGCGCGAGAAACUCUCUCUCGUCGGGCCUCUAGCACUAAACACGAGUAACGCGCUCUCUACUGCUCACUUUGCGUAUUCGUUUCCAUUAAUAACAUUAAGAAAGUAAAAAUCGAUCCUAACUUAUAAAGUAAAUUCAGACCGACACACACUG